CUAGCCUACCCCGCGCGGCCCCAUUUCCGCUCCGACAAGAUGAAAGACGAUUAUGAACAAAGAAAAACUCGCCAAACUGCAGGCACAAGUGCACAUUGGUGGGAAAGGAACUGCUCGUAGAAAGAAGAAGGUGGUUCAUAGAACAGCUACAGCAGAUGACAAAAAACUUCAGUUCUCCUUAAAGAAGUUAGGAGUGAACAAUAUCUCUGGUAUUGAGGAGGUGAAUAUGUUUACAAACCAAGGAACCGUGAUCCCCUUCAACAACCCUAAAGUUCAGACCUCUUUGGCAGCAAAUACUUUCACCAUAACAGGCCAUGUUGAGACAAAGCAGCUGACAGAAAUGCUUCCCAGCAUCUUGAACCAGCUUGGUGCAGACAGUCUGAUCAGUUUAAGGAGACUGGCUGAAGCUCUGCCCAAACAAUCUGUGGAUGGAAAAGCACCACUUGCUCCUCAAGAGGAUGAUGAUGAUGAAGUUCCAGAUCCUGUGGAGAAUUUUGAUGAGGCUUCUAAGAAUGAGGCAAACUGAAUUGAGUCAACUUCUGAAGAAGAUAGAACUUGAAGUUACAGGAGCUGCUAUUUUAUAUUAUGACUGCUUUUUAAAAUUCUUUUGCUUAUGAUCUGAUAAAAUCUAGAUCUCUUAAUAUUUUUAAGCCCAAGCCCCUUGGACACUGCAGCUCUUUUCAGUUUUUGCUUAUACAUAAUUCAUUCUUUGCAGCUAAUGAAGCUGAUAAAGCCUGGGAAUAAAGGUUGAAACAAAGGCUAAUAAAAUUGUUUGCCUA